AUGACGACCGCUGAUAAUGCUCAAUCGCAGAGGCUAUUCACCAUGAAGAACACUCCUAGGGGCAUGGUCCGGAAGAAUGGUAAACCAAUCUCCUGCGAACCGUGUCGCAUCUCCAAGAUCCGGUGUGACCAUCAACAACCAACGUGUAGACGAUGUGAUGUUAGGGGCUUAAGUUCUAAGUGCUACUACCAUCCGGCCCCUUUAACUCGACCACGGAAGAAGGCACAGGCACCUCGCAGUGUGUCUCCUGUAAACCCAUCGCGUGCGGAUGAUGAGGCCUUGGACACCUUUACCAGCCCAGAUGACAGCAUCGUAUCAACUGGGCCUCAAAUAGGCUUGACGUCUACCUCCCAACUAACGUAUUUGGGGUCCACCAGUUUUAUGUCAGCGUUUCACCGCGAUCAACGGGAUAUGAGCCUCUCAACACCGAAAACUGCCCAUGCAUCCACUUUACGCAAGGCUUGGAGUGCGGACUUCACUCACGUGUUUCCCCGACUGGUGCAGCUUCUGCGUCCCCUCAAGCUGUAUGAAGAUUUAAUAACCGACAAAUACCAUCGCAGCCCAUUCACCGUCAUCCCAGCUCCUCUUGUGCUUACGCCCUUACGGUUGUUGCGAAACCACUGGGACAGGGAGGGAUGGCCGCAUGAGGGCUUGGGGUCCCACAUCACUCAGAACACAGCCACCAACGUGAUCAAGGUGGAAGCGAAUAUGACAACGCACCAGUUUUACCGUUUGUUCACCGGUGUGAACCUGCGAUGGGAGUUUGUGGGCCUCAUAUUCGCUCUGGCGGGGCUCGGGGCCAGCAUAUCCUGUCCCUCCCCAUUGUUCUCUCUGAACGGUAAGGAUGAAAUCAGCCAGAUGCCUUUGCCAUGGAGAUGGCAGCUGCAAGUCAUGCAUGUAUUGAAAUCUGCAGGCAACCAUCAUAUUUACGCACAAUUUGGGGACUUGGUCUCCUGCAUCCAUGCAAUGGGCCUACACCGUCCACAUCCUCCUGACUCCUCCGUCCCCUUCUUUCUCUCACAGACCCGCAAGAGGGUUUUCACAGCGUCAUAUCGCACCGACAAGAACCUCGCUACUUUCCUGGGAAGGCCACCUCGGCUUUCCUACCAUUAUUGCGACGUGGAACUACCCUUAGAUCUCGAUGACCAUAGUCUCAUCCUGGAUCACCUAUCCCUCGACAAAGCUGUCAGGCAGCUUACAUCGGAUGGAUGGGGUGCUUUCAGCGGUGGUCUUCGCCCUGCCACAGUCAUCCGGUUGCGAUAUAUGAUUGCGAGGUUGCGAGAGCAGGUGAUGGAGCUGUCCUUGGGGCGGGGCUUCGUAGGCUCUAGAGAAAGUGAACUCCAGAUGACCUAUCAAGAGUGUAAGCGAUUGUGGGAUAGAGUGCCCAAGGAACUUCACUACAGCAAGCGCUCCUGGGGAGUUUUGGGCCCGCACUUGUCCAUAAUUAGUCUGGUCAUCCAUCUGGAAUACCUCUAUACGGUGUUCCAGGUCGAGCGCAUCCGUUGCAGCGAGAGUCCCGAUGCCAUGACCGAUCUGCUGGACUCGGCCAUGCAGAUUGUCUCGGCAGUCACGGACUUCACGAAGCAAAGCGAUCAAGAAGGCAGCAUCCGAGAGAAGUACACGUGGAUUUUCCUUUUUUACGCUCUCCCGGCAGCAGGUGUCGUUGCAACCGAGCUCCAUCGCUGUACGGUGUCCAUGGUGCCACUGCCAUGUUCCAUGCCCCGGUCCAGGAUUAUCCGUGAUCUAAACCUGCUUGCCUCCUGGUUCGAAAGUGCCAACCCACCGACUAGUUACACACAUCAGGCGUGUGUGGAGGUCACCAAGGCCAUAAUCAAACUCUUAGAUGAUACUUUGGAUUACCCGUCAGGCGGGCAGAGGGUAGAUGGACCACAGCCUGGUACAGGCAAUCGUCCUGGGCCGAACAGCGGUGAUCAAGUUCGGGACAAUUCCCAUUCCAUCGGGGGUUCCUUCAAUACCCAUGGACAAAGUGAGACCAUACCAAACGUGGAUACUCUCGAAACCAGUGAGGAUUUCUUGAACUGGCUGGAUGAGCUGGGGCUGGACACUAGCGUCCCUGAGUUCUUUGGGUGGCAGUAA